CUUAUUCUAAACUACGAUUUUAAUGAACGUGAAGAAAUUACUUUCUUAGAUAAUAAUCUUGAAUGCUUACGCUAUUGGCCAUCUGAUAUUGAAAUCGAUGAUGCAAUUAAUACUGGCUAUAAAAGAGCCGUUCAUUUGGCAAGACAUUUAGAAAUGACUUCUAUACCGAAUGAUGCUUAUUAUUUUAAUAUCCACAAAAAAUACCCUACUUCACAACUUGAAGACUUUUGGAAUGAUGAUUCAAAUCUUGAAACUGCUGAUAAUAAUGAUCAUAAUGAAGAUAACAUGAAUAGUUUAUCUAUUUCUCAUUGCAUAAACAAUGCUGUAUCUGAAAUGAAUAGGAGUCAAGAAUUAAAUUCAGAUCCAAGUCCUGAACUUUUAUUAGAAAAAACUUAUAGAGCUUGUCAGGUAGUUAUAGAACAUGUUCAAAAGCUACCUGACAUUUCAUGGUUCCCAAGUGGUAAAUAA